AAAGGUUAGAUAUGCUGCAUGGGUUGAGUGCCUCUCUUCUUUCCAACACAUCUUAGAGUAUAAAUAUGGACACCUGAAUCAAGUGGCUGAUGCAUUAAGCAUGUGGUAGCUUCUAUUGCACACAUUGUAAGCAAAAAACAUGGGAUUUGAAGCAUUGAAGGACUGAGCUCACGCGUGCAGCUCAUUGGUAGAACUGUAGAGGCGAAGUAAUUCCUCACGGUGGCUCAUAUUCGAAGCCCCUAACAUUCUUUUAAAAAAAAAAAAAAAAAACAUUGAAGGACUUUUAUGCAUGUGAUAUUGACUUUCGAGAGCUUGGGGAAAAAUGCCAAUUGAUAACCUUAACUCACCGCCAUUAUCAUGUAGUUAAUGAAUAUUUAUUAGUUCAAUGCUGCCACACCUUUCUGCAUUUUUUUUUUCAGAAAAUUUAAACGAUUCAAUAGCAAAAUCACAUAUCCGAAUCUGAAAGGAACUCAUCCAAAACUUCUUCUCUCAGAACUGUUAAAAAUAAAAAUUAUCCUCAUAUCUUUUUGGGCAGCUCUACCUACAAAAAUAAAAAAUAAAAAAUCAGAAGUCAAUGGUUCAGCCCGUGACUCCCCAGCCUCCAACCAAGCGCAGCUAAUGCCUCUGUAACAAGCUGACCAAAACGUCAAACCAAUGGCCCGCCAAGUGGAUCCUCUGCCCAUAAUAUCACCACCCAGAAGACAGAAGAUCAGCAUUUCCUCACCAGAAAUGGCAUUCUCCAUGGCGAAAAGGCUCGUCUUCCUCAGCAUGGCUAUCUCCCUCCUCCUCCUCUGCUUCUUCUCCAUCCCCUCCUACUCUGCUCCACUAUGUUUUGAAAGGUUUGCCUGCAGCAAUGGAGGUCGGAGGCUGCCAUAUUACCCGCCGCCGCCGGUUGAGAACAGGCAGAAUAGGCAGGACGACCCUAGAGCACCGCCCAUCAGAGAUCAAUCUGCUCCACCUUCACCAAGCACAAUAACAUGAUCAAGAGAAAACCACACAAAUAAAAGGAGAUCGAGGGAAUAAAGGCUGACCAGCUUCUCAUCAGUUUUUUUAGUUAGUAAAUAAAGAUAUCGAAUAAAGCUUUGAUCUUGUUGUAUCUAAUGAAUCUCCGAUCUCUCUCUCAUAAUCUAUUUGCCUUGCUUGGCUUGUUUGCUAAUUCUUUUCCUGAAACUUCCAAUAAAUUUUGCUUUGCGAGUUGUUUGUGGUAA